ACCCUCAUCCUCUUCUCUAGCGUGCAAAAUGGCAUCCAUUGGCACCCUCUACACCACCCCCGAGCAAGGGUCCGGCAAGCGCAUCCGUGCCGUCGCUGCGCUUAACGGUCUCAAGAUCGACCUGCCUGAGCACUACGUCCACUUCGAGGACAACAAAAAGCCCGAGUUCCUGGCCAAGUUCCCUCAUGGGAAGAUUCCUGCCUUCGAUGGCGCGGAUGGCUUCAAGCUCUUCGAAUCGGCCGCGAUCGCGCGUUACGUCGCUGCGCUCGCUCCCAACUCCACCCUUCUCGGAUCCAAUGACAAGGAGGCCGCUCUCAUUGACCAGUGGGUCUCGUUCGCGGACAGCGAGGUCGCCCUGCACACCACCCUCAUCUUCCAGCUUGUGAAGGGCAUCAUCACCCCCUACGCUAAGCCCAUCCACACCACUCUCCAAGAGCGUCAGAUCCGUUCUCUGAAGACUCUUGAGGCGCACCUCGCCACCCGUACCUUCCUUGUCACCGAGCGUAUCACUCUCGCCGAUAUCACUCUUGCCUCCGUCAUUCAGCGUGCGGUACAAGUCAACCUCGAUGCCUCCACCCGCUCUCAGUUCCCCAACCUCAUCCGUCACUUCGAGACCGUCGUCAACCACCCCCAGUUGAAGGACGUCUUCGGCCAGACUGCGUACAUCGAGAAGGCGCUUGCUUUCACUCCUCCCCCGAAGGAGAAGAAGGAGGCCAAGCCUGCGGCGGCCCCCACUCCCAAAGCGCCCAAGCCCGCGAAGGAGGAGGAGGACGAUGAGGAUGAUGGCAUCCCAAGGGACGAGCCCAAGGCCAAGAACCCCCUGGACUCUCUGCCCAAGUCGUCCUUCAACCUCGAGGACUGGAAGCGCGCAUAUUCCAACAAGGAGACCCGUGGUGCUGACGGUGCGCUCGAGUGGUUCUACAAGAACUUCGAUGCGGAGGGCUUCUCCGUGUGGCGCGUGGACUUCAAGUACCCCGGCGAGCUCACCCAGACCUUCAUGUCGUCGAACCUCAUCGGUGGCUUCUUCAACCGCCUCGAGGCGUCGCGCAAGUACCUCUUCGGCUCGAUGGGCGUCCUCGGCGAAACCAACAACUCGUUGAUCUCGGGAGCGCUCAUUGCCCGCGGGCAGGACAUCAAGCCUGUCGUCGAUGUCGCGCCCGACUUCGAGUCGUAUGAAUACAAGCGCCUCGACCUCAGCAACGCCGAAGACAAGGCGUUCUUCGAGGCCGCACUUGCGUGGGAUCUUGAGAUCGACGGCAAGAAGUGGGUUGACGGCAAGAACUUCAAGUAAACGCGCUUGGUUCUUGGGUGUUCAUAGAUGUAUCAUUUGCUCUCCUGCUUGUGUUGUUAGUACGGCGGAUUUGUUGUGUUGUUGCAGUAUCACGAAAUGCAAAAAGAAUUGUAAAGGGUACCGGUGUACACCAUCAUUAUCUGUAGUGCUCAAGACUUUGUAUGGCUCUCAUGUACAGAGCCGCGACAGACCGCGAUGU